AUGCGAGGGAGCGAUUCAGUACCACACGCCUCGUCGAGCAGCCUGCGAUCCAAUCGCAACGCCGACGCACUCAACGUCUACUACUGCCUUUGCGGAGAAUUCGUCCUCGUCUCGGAUCGACCCCUCUCAAGUCUUCCACUCCGACCGCUCGACAAUGCACGUAUCCUGCGCUGCCUCGACUCUCCUCCCUACUCCAUCACAGGUGCACCACAGAAGGUGCGGAAGGCCAGGGUGUUCAAGCUGAGCGCAACACAGGGUACAGCUAAAUUCAUCACAAGACCGGACAAGACAUUGGAGAAGCAGUAUCCCUUCAAUUGCUCACGCUGCAACCUCGAGCUCGGAUACGAACAUACUCCCCCUCCGCUCAAGAGCGGCGGAAAGUUUACCUUCAUCUUGCCGGGAGCGUUGACGUGA